UUUUCGUGUGUUCAGCUUUUAAUCUUGAAAUAUAUUUUGGGAGACCCCAGGCCGACUAAUCAGCGCAUCAACCAGCACGUGAACAACGACGUGAACCUCCGCAUUCAGAACUUGACCAUCUUGGUGAGAAACAUCAAGACCUACUACCAGGAGGUUCUGCAGCAGCUGAUCGUAAUGAACUUGCCCAAUGUUCUGAUGAUUGGCAAAGACCCGCUGUCUGGGAAGAGUAUGGAGGAAAUUAAGAAGGUGCUGUUGCUGGUGCUGGGCUGUGCCGUCCAGUGCGAGAGGAAAGAGGAGUUUAUCGACAGAAUCAAACAGCUGGACAUCGAGACCCAGGCCGGGAUCGUGGCCCAUAUCCAGGAGGUGACCCACAACCAGGAGAACGUGUUUGACCUGCAGUGGCUGGAGGUCCCGGACGUGGCCCUGGAGGAGCUGGAGGCCCUCUCUCGGAACAUGGUCUUUCACCUCAGGAGGCUCAUAGACGAUCGAGACGAAUGCAGGGAGCUGAUCGUGGACCUGACUCAGGAGCGGGACUACCUCCAGGCGCAGCAGCCGCCCAGCCCCCUCAAGUCUUCCAGUGCCGAGUCCACACCCAGCCCGACCAGCAGCCUCUCCAGUGAGGACAAGCAGCACCUGGCCGUGGAGCUGGCGGACACCAAGGCCAGGCUGCGCCGCGUCCGGCAGGAGCUGGAGGAGAAGACAGAGCAGCUGUCGGACACCAGGCAUGAGGUGGAUCAGCUGGUGCUGGAGCUGCAGAAAGUCAAGCAGGAGAACAUCCAGCUGGCUGCCAGCGCCCGGUCUGCUCGCGCCUACCUCGACGAGCUGGACUCCCUGAGGGAGAAGGGGAGCCGCGUGGAGAGGCUGGAGAUGGAGCUGAUGCGCUUCAGGGAGAAGCUGAAGGACGCGGACUUCUACAAGGCCCGCAUGGAGGAGCUGAGAGAAGAUAACUUCACUUUGAUUGACACCAAGUCCAUUCUGGAGGAGCAGCUGACUGCGGCUCGGGCCCGGGUCGAUAAACUGUACGAGCUGGAGAAGGAGAACCUGCAGCUGAAGUCGAAGCUGCACGACCUGGAAUUGGACCGGGACACAGACAAGAAGCGCAUUGAGGAGCUGCUGGAGGAGAACAUGGUCCUCGAGAUUGCACAGAAGCAGAGCAUGAACGAGUCCGCCCACCUGGGCUGGGAGCUGGAGCAGCUGUCCAAGAAUGCAGACCUGUCAGACGCCUCCAGGAAGUCGUUCGUGUUUGAGCUGAAUGAAUGUGCUUCCAGCCGCAUCCUGAAGCUGGAGAAGGAGAACCAGAGCCUUCAGAGCACCAUCCAGGGGCUGCGGGACGCCUCCCUGGCCCUGGAGGAGAGCAGCCUCAAGUGCGGGGAGCUGGAGAAGGAGAACCAGCAGCUCAGCACGAAGAUUGAAAAGUUGCAGAUCCAGCUGCAGAAGGAAAAGCAGAGCAACCAGGAUUUGGAGACCCUCAGUGAGGAGCUGAUCAAAGAGAAUGAGCAGCUGCACAGUGACAUGGAGACCCUGAAGGCGGACAAAGCCAGGCAGAUCAAGGAUCUCGAGCAAGAAAAGGAUCAUCUCAGCCAAACGGUGCAGACGCUGCGGGAGAGGUCAGAGGUCAGCAGCGAGGUCCACGUGCAGGACAUGGAGAAGGAGAACAGAGUCCUCCACCAGACGGUGACGGAGACCAGCAGCAAGCUCAGCACGCUGGAGUCCGAGCGGCAGCAGCUGCACCGGGACCUGGAGCAGGCGAAGGAGAAGGUGGCGCGGGCGGAGGGGCUGGAGAAGGAGAUGCAGCGGCUGGAGAAGGAGAACGAGAGGCUGGCCAGGGAGGUCACCUCCCUGACGACGGCCACCGAGAAGGUCGACGCCCUGGAGCGCGAGAGCCAGGGCCUGUCGCUGGAGAACCGCCGGCUGCAGAAGUCUCUGGACACCCUGCAGAACGUGUCGGUGCAGCUGGCAGGCCUGGAGCGGGACAACAAGCAGCUGGACGAGGAGAACCUGGAGCUGCGCCGGAUGGUGGAGGCCAUGCGCUUCACGGGCGCCAAGAUGGCUCAGAUCGAGCGGGAGAACCAGGAGCUUGAGCGGGAGAAGGAGGAGCUGAGGAAAAACGUGGAGCUGCUGAGCGCCCAGAGCAAGAAGUCGGAGCGCCUGGAGCUCAGCUACCAGAGCGUGAGUGCCGAGAACCUGCGGCUGCAGCAGGCCCUGGAGCGGGAGCGUGGGGAGCUGGAGGCGCAAAACCAGGCCCUGCAGCGGGACCUGGAGGCCCAGCGGCUGGCCAGCAAGCAGCUGGAGAUGUCCGAGAAGGACAAGGAGGCCCUGCAGCAGGAGGUGGCCCAGCUGGAAAAAGACAAGAAGCUGCUGGACAAGGAGGUGAACCGGCUGUGGCAGCAGGUGGAGUUCAAGGACACGGUCCUGGACGACGUCACCACCAAGCUGUCCGCCGCCGAGAAGGAGAGCCGCGCUCUGGACAAGGAGCUGGCGCGCUGCAGGGACGCGGCCACCAAGCUGAAGGAGCUGGAGAAGGACAACAGAGACCUCACCAAGCAAGUCACCAUGCACACCAGGACGCUGACGACCCUGGGAGAGGAGCUGGUGCUGGAGAAGCUGAAAAGUCAGCGGCUGACCAGCGAGCUGGACAAACUGGGCCAGGAGCUGGAGAAGGUCGGCCUCUGCAAGGAGCUGCUGCUGCAGGACGACAACAGCGACGGCGACAGAAAAUACAAGAUCUUGGAGGGCAGGAAUGAAUUGGCAUUAAAGACGACACUGGCCUUGAAAGAAGAAAAGAUCGUGUUCCUGGAGGCUCAGGUGGAAGAGAAGGCCAGCCUGACCCGCGAGCUGCAGAAGGAGCUCCAGGUGCUGAAGGAGUGCGAGCUCCUCAGGCAGAGCCAGGAGGGGAAGCACCUGCAGAACUCGCUGAGACACCCUUCGGGGACCUCGGCGGCCGGUCACCAGGAGAAGGAGGGCUGGGGGCCGAGCCACAAGGAGGCCACCAUGGAGCUGCUCCGGGUGAAGGACCGGGCCAUCGAGCUGGAGCGGAACAACGCGGCUCUGCAGGCCGAGAAGCAGCUGCUCAGGGACCAGCUGCAGCACCUGGAGACGCAGAACGUGGCCUUCAGCAGCCAGAUCCUGACGCUGCAGAAGCAGAGCGCCUUCCUGCAGGAGCACAACACCACGCUGCAGACCCAGACGGCCAAGCUGCAGGUGGAAAACUCCACCCUGAGCUCCCAGAGCGCCUCGCUCACCGCGCAGUACACGCUGCUCCAGAACCAGCAGGCGGCCAAGGAGAGCGAGCAUGAGAACCUGCAGAAGCAGCAGGAGCAGCUGGCGGCAGCCCACGAGGCCCUGCUGCAGGACCACGCGCGCCUGGGCGCGCUCCACGAGCACCUGUCUGUGGAGCACGAGGCCCUCAUCGGCCAGCACAGCCGCCUGAAGACGCUGCAUCGGUCCCUGGAGCUGGAGCACAAGGCACUCGGGGAGAGGCACGAGGACCUGCUGAAGCACAAGGCGGAGCUGGAGGAGCUGGAGAAGGUAUUGACCACCGAGCGGGAGGCCCUGCAGCGGGAGCAGAAGACCAACGCCAUGGCCACCAGCGAGAACCAGAGGCUGCGGGGAGAGCUAGACAGGGUCAGCUUCCUGCACCAGCAGCUGAAGGGGGAAUGCGAGGAGCUGCACGCCCACACCAAGGAGCUGAAAACCUCGCUGAACAACUCGCAGCUGGAGGUGAACCGCUGGCAGGCCCGGUACGACGAGCUAAAGGAGGAGCACCAGAGCAUGGACCUCUCGCUGACCAAGCUGGACCACCACUGCGAGCUGCUCUCCCGCCUCAAGGGGAACUUGGAGGAAGAAAACCAUCACCUCGUGAGCCAGAUCCAGAUGUUGAAUGAGCAGAACCAGAGGCUUCUAGAGCAGAACAUGGAGAACAAGGACCAGUACCACGAGGAGCAGAAGCAGUACAUAGACAAAUUAAAUGCCUUGCAGAGACAAAAGGAAAAACUGGAAGAAAAAAUCAUGGAUCAGUACAAGUUCUAUGAUCCUGCUCCCAAGAAGAAAAACCACUGGAUUGGAGCCAAAGCCUUAGUCAAAUUAAUCAAACCAAAGAAAGAGGGUCCCAGAGAACGACCGAAGUCAACCACAGACAGCCCUCCCUGGCCACUGGAGUCCUCAGACCCGGCCUCGCCCAGUGCUGCUCAGCCUCCAAAAUCGCAGCCGGAGCCCCCGGAGGCCACGCCAUCAUGCUCGAACUGGGUGGAAGAGCGAGACGCCCCCAGUGUGCCUGUGGGAAAAGGCCCUGGGGACCUAGUACCAAAGCGAGGGUCGCCACACGGAGGCAGCCUUGACCGCACGGAUGCCUCCGCUGAGCCAGCCACCAAGCCCUGGCCGUCAGAGCUGGGCUCCCGGGCCUGUGCAUCCUCAGCCGUCACUGCAGCUCCUUCCAGCUCCACCCCCAUCUCCCGGCACCCAGGCCGCACCCAAGGCUAUCACUCAGAUGACAGCCUCUGUGAGCGGUCCCUGGAGCUCGAGUUCGCCAACCACAGGCAGCAGCACGGGUCCCGGCCGAGCAGCUUAGAGAGCAGCAGGAAUGCAUCCAGUGACAGCUCACCUCUCAGCCUGAAGGGCUCCUCCGACCCGCUCCACCGCAGGCCCGAGAGCUUCAGCAGUGAGGACCUCAUUCCCAGCAGGGACACAGCCACUCUGCCCCGCGAUGCCAGCGCCCCAGGACGCACUGCCCUCAGCCGCCAGGAGUACCCGCCACCCCGGAACGGGCCUCUCCCCCAGGAGUGCAUCCAGAAGAGGGGUGUGGCCCAGCCCCAGGCCUGGGUGCGGCCCUGCGCCUCCCCGAGCAGGGAGAUGGUCACCCUGGAGGAGUUCCUGGAGGAAAGCAACCGGGGCUCCCCCACCGCUGACCCUCCUGGUUGCCGGGAUGACCUGCUAAGUGACUACUUCAGAAAGGCCAGUGACCUCCCAACCAUCGGAGGCCAGCCAGGCCCACCUGCCAGGAGAGAAGGGGCCAGGAUGCCCACCAGCUUGGUGGCCCCCACCCUCAAGAUGGCUGUCAGCACCUCGGAGGGGAAGCUGCUAAAGCCGGGACAGUAUGUGAAGCCCAACUUGAGACCUGCCGACGCUGAGACCCCACCCAGUGCCCCCCUGAGGCCGGCCCAGCCUCCCCAGAGCCUUUCUCUGGGCAGACCCCGGCAGGCCACAAUGCCCCCAAGCUCCCACACGCCUGCCAGCCGGAGCGCGUCCCUGAGCAGGGCCUUCAGCCUGGCCUCAGCUGACCUGCUUCGAGCCAGCGGGCCAGAGGCCUCCAAACAGGACUCUCCUCUGAAGCCAGGGGGUUCUGAGGCCUCAGGGGGCAGAGAAACAGGCAGCCACACCCCGCAAAGCCCCAUACCCCUCAGCUCCCACAGCCUGGCCCGGGAGAAGACCCCACUUGUGGGAAAGGCUGGUGGCUCCUAUCAGGCCCCGGGUCCCCGAAGCCGACCACUGGACAUGAGGCGCUUCUCACUGGCUCCCCCAAAGGAGGAGAGGCUGGCUCCCCUGCCACAAUCCGCCACGGCCCCAGCCAUUGCCACUGGAGGCGGUGGUGGCAGCAACUCUCAGCCCCACCACCGCUCACCAACCCCAGCCCCAGCUGUCAGGACUAGGCCCCCAACCCCCCAACACUCAGGGGAAGUGGCCACCAUUGCGCCUGUCCGGGUGGGGCUCAGCCUCUCAGAGGGUGACGGGGCCCCAGGACAGGCCCACAGAGAGGGGCUCCCUGCCAAGAGCCCGGGCAGGUCUCCCGACUUGGCUCCCCGCACCAGCCGGGCCCCUGAGGACUUCAGUCGUGGGAACAACUCAAAAAGCAUGCCGGCGUCCCCAGAGCCGGGUGGGGACCAGCAGACUGUGUGGUACGAGUACGGCUGUGUGUGACUCGUCUCCUGGCCCCAUAGCCCGAGCCUUAAAACUACUGACGCGCCUUCUGAUGACCGCGGCCGCCUCUCCUGUCCGCCUGUGGUGCCAGGAGAGGGCUGUAGAAUGAGGAAAGGGGUCCCCAUGUGCCUCUUCCAUUCGUUCUGUUAGUGAGAACGCUGUGCCAAGGUGUGGAACACGUGUCUGACCCUCCAGCCGCUCGUAUCUUCUGAACAAAUCCACUUUGGCCUGGGGACGCUCACACUGCAAUGACAGACCGACUUCCCCGAGGCAGACACUAUGUGAACGUGCCCCUUAAAACGCUUGUUUGCAGCUUGACCUCCAUGAAAGUGUGCGUGUGACGGUGAGCAGAUACACACAUGCUCUCAGGGCUGAGCCCUGGUCGGGAAACUCUACUCCCUCUCCCAGAAGCCAGAUGAUCCUAGGAAGAGCCCAGACCGGCCACACUACAAAGACCUGGAGGCCCUGGGUAGACCCUGGAGUCAGGCUCACUGUUAACCCAGGGCGCUGUCGAGCCAGGCCUGGGGCCCCAUGUACUUCGCCACGGCCAAGGUGGCCUCAGGCUUUGCCUUCUCCAGCUGGCUCCCCUGCUCACUUAUCUAUAAACACUGGGUCUGCUCGGCCUGGGGGUGGAGUAGAGAGAAGCCUUGCCCGCCCCCUCCCAGCAAGUGUACAUAGUGUGUACGGGCGAGGGGCGGGGGGCGCGAGAGGCAGGUGCAGCCUGAUUUGGGAUGUGGCUGCAGCACCCCAGUGUCCCCACAUCGAGGGUGAGACGUUGAUUUAUUUCUGAAUAAUUUCUGUGGUAGAAACCAAAUUUCUUUAAUAUAUUACAUAUAUGUGUACACACUCAUGAAA